UAUAAUGGCCAGAAGAGAAAUUACAUGGGAAGUAAAAGUCAGACAAAAUCAUUAUAUACCUGUCAGAGAUGGGAUUCACAAUAUCCCCAUCAACAUUCUUAUAAACCUAAUGAUUUCCCUGAGAGACGAUACACCUUGAAUUUCUGCCGAACUACCCCAGAUUCCAAUGAACCCUGGUGUUAUACCAAUGAUAGAAAAGUUCGUUGGGAACAUUGUAACAUCAAUAAUUGUGGUAAGUCUAUUUCUAUUCCUAGGUGUCAAGGAUUUGAAACAAUUUUCUUUUAG